AUGUUUAUUCUCUUCACUCUAUACCUGACAUCAGUGCCGUUGAUCCAUUAUGCUCUCGCCUCCUCUCCCAUGCUUGGGAGUCCUUGCACGACCGCGCACGACCACCUCGACCCCCACACCCGCGCUUUGCUAACUUCAUGUGAUGCCCAGACUGUUUGCUCCGCACCCCUUAACGGGACAUGCCGUGCUCGAUCGUGUAGGCGCGACACGUUUGCAUUCGGAUACGCAUCCGACGAUCCUAUACCCCCACUCUGUCCAUCAGACAGCUUCUGUCCUGAUGAAGGGGAUGAAUGCCGCUCCCUCGUUACUCCAGGCCAGGGAUGUCAGUUCAAUAGAGACGAUCAGUGUGCGCCACCGGAAGAUCCAGACCCUGCUAUUGAACUGUCGGACCCGCAAAAUAAUAAAGGCGCUAUUUGUGUCAAGUCCGUAUGCAUGUACGUCCUCUUCUGGUCUUCCGACUGGUAUAGGGAAUAUAUGACGUCUAUUUUUACUCGCGUGUCUAGGUACGCCAACGUGACGGCGGGACAAUCCUGCGUUUACGAGCUCACAGGUUAUACAACAGCCGAUCAUGAUGGACAGGACUCCACAAACAUCAUUGUUCGCGAUAAUUGUCGUACAGCAGAGCUCUUCUGCGAUACUUCAACAAGUCUCUGUGUCCCGGUGAAGGAGAUCGGCCAGCAAUGCCAAUAUGACCGAGAUUGCCGUUCGUACACCUGUCUCAAUAACGCUUGCGCGAGCUCUUCUGAUGCACCAGUCGACGUGGCAAUCUGGCAGUAUAUCGUCACAUGCAUCUCAAUUAUUGCAGCGAUGAUUACCACCUGCGUCAUGUUAACGCUCAUGCAUAAGCGAAAUCGCGUGGAAAGUUACAAUGAGACGAGGGAUUACUGUUACGAACAGAUAACGUCCGUCUCUGCCCUUAUGAGCAUCGCUUGGUGGCGUUCCGAUGCCCCUUAG